UGCCGCCGCCAUCGGCCCAUGGCCCGGAGGUAUGAUGAGCUGCCCCGCUACCCAGGCAUCGUGGACAGCACCGCAGCCCUGGCCGGCUUCUCUGAGGCACCAAGAGCCCCGGGGCCCUACGGCCUGCACCGGCCUCCACAGCACCCAGCCCCGGGCUUGGACAGCGACAGCCUGAAGAGGGAGAAGGAUGAGAUCUAUGGACACCCGCUCUUCCCCCUGCUGGCUCUGGUCUUUGAGAAAUGUGAACUGGCCACAUGCUCACCCCGCGACGGGGCUGGGGCUGGGCUGAGCACACCCCCGGGCGGCGACGUCUGCUCUUCUGAUUCCUUCAACGAGGACAUCGCAGCCUUUGCCAAGCAGGUCCUCUUCGAAAGGCCCCUCUUCUCCUCCAACCCAGAGCUGGACAAUCUGAUGAUCCAGGCCAUCCAGGUGCUCAGGUUCCACCUGCUGGAGCUGGAGAAGGUCCACGACCUGUGCGACAACUUCUGUCACCGCUACAUCACCUGCCUCAAGGGAAAGAUGCCCAUCGACCUGGUCAUCGAGGAUCGGGAUGGCGGCUGCAGGGAGGAUCUCGAGGACUACUCGGCCUCCUGCCCCAGCCUCCCAGACCAGACUAAUACAUGGAUUAGAGACCACGAGGACAGCGGGUCUGUACAUUUGGGGACCCCAGGUCCAUCCAGUGGGGGCCUGGCCUCCCACAGUGGGGACAACUCCAGUGACCAAGGAGAUGGACUGGACACAAGCAUGGCCUCUCCAAGCUCUGGGGGAGAGGAUGAGGAGUUGGACCAGGAGCGGCGGCGGAACAAGAAGAGGGGAAUCUUCCCCAAGGUGGCCACCAGCAUCAUGAGAGCCUGGUUGUUCCAGCACCUCUCGCACCCGUACCCCUCGGAGGAGCAGAAGAAACAGUUGGCGCAGGACACGGGGCUCACCAUCCUGCAAGUCAACAACUGGUUCAUUAACGCCCGGAGACGCAUCGUGCAACCGAUGAUCGAUCAAUCCAACCGCACAGGUCAGGGUGCAGCAUUCAGCCCAGAGGGUCAGCCCAUGGCCGGCUACGCGGAGACUCAGCCACACGUGACUGUCCGGCCGCAGGGAUCAGUGGGGAUGAGUUUGAACUUAGAAGGAGAGUGGCAUUACCUGUAGAGGCUGGAUUCGGAAAUACCCCAGCCACCACACUGUGACCACCAGCCCCAUGCCUGGUUCUGGUCCCUGCCUGGCCCUCUGGCCUCAGGACCCCACCUCCGAAGGCCCCUCCACUCAAUGCCUACCUCCCUGGGGUCCUGCCGGGGCAUGGAGGACCUGAGCAACCACUCGAGGGUCUCUCAAGGACACAGACAAGGCCUCCAGGCCCUGGGCCCCACCUCUGCCCUCAACUGUGCCCUGGACCUGAGUUUUCAGAAGAUGGUGGCUGGGGGACCUGCCUCCAGGACAGAGAAGGGAUUCGGGGUGGGCUGCGGCCUUCAGGGAAAGAGGGUCACCCAGAUCCAACAUUUUGGGGAGAUCCUUCAUCCUCCCACCCUACUCCCCCUUUUGCU